ACCACCCGCGUAUCCCCCAUGACGUCAGGAGCUCAUGUCGUUUCAAUAAAGCAUUGAUGCUCGUCCGGGGUUGAACAAUUCAAUUUGCCCCAUUGUCUAUGACAGCUGCAGAAAUACUAUUGUCUAGCUCUAUUGUCGACCCGUUUAUUGUUAGAGUACCGGAUUGACACGGAAGGUGCUACCAACCUCACGGAGCGUACAUAUACGAUUCCGUGCCGCUCCGUCUCAUCAUUUCAACACAUUUUAUUUUGAUACUACGUUGGUGAUAUUAUAACACUGCAAAAUGAAUCGCCGUCUCUCCACCCGCAGCGGCGGCAAUAGCGGCUCCAGCCACCAGUUCAACCUGUCCACGCUGCGCGGCCUACAGCAGCCCAAGCUAAGCCAGAAGAUGAGCAAACUGAUCAAGAACGAGAAUGGCGUAAUUUCGGCUUACGAGAAGGCCGGCCGCGAGCGCAUCUCCGUCGCCUCCCAGCUCUCCGAUUGGGGCGACAGCAUCGAGGAUGACGCUAUCUCCGACGUCUCCGACAAGCUGGCCGUGCUGCUCGCCGAGAUGGGCGACCAGGAGGACAACUUCGCCGGCAACCUCGAGGAGUACCGCAUGAUGCUGAAGCACAUCCGCGACACCGAGGCCUCGGUGCAACCGGCCCGUAACCAGCGCAACAAGGCCGCCGACGAGGUCCAGAAGAUGAAGCUGAAAGACCCGAACAACUCGAGUAAGAUUGAGACGCUGGAACAGGAGCUGGUGCGAGCGGAGGCUCAGGCCUUAGUUGCCGAGGCACAGUUGACCAACAUGACCCGACAAAAACUCAAAGAGUCCUUCGACGUCCACUUGGCGGCUGUUAUUGAACGCGGGGAGAAGCAGAUCCUGCUGGCGCGCCACGCCCGCCGUCUGCUCAACUGCCUGGACGACACGCCCAUCAUCCCAGGCGAGGAGAAGCCCGAGUAUCGCCACGGCACCUCGGCCAAGUUGAUCGUCGAGGACGCCGAGAGAGACCUCAAGUCGUGGUCGAGCUCCCUCGAGCCGAUCCUGACGGCUGUACCCGAUCGCACAUCCGAGUCCCAGUUGCCCCUGUCGUCGGCGGCGCGGCGCAAGCGCGAUUCGGCCGCCGCUGGAGCGAGUGCCGGUCGCGGCACGGAGAGCAUGAGUCCCACCGCAAACACCGCCGCGGCGGGCGCCGCAGGAUAUUCGGGUUUGGACACCUCAGCCGGCGUCGACCAAGACAUGACGGACGCUGAGCCCGUUGUUACCGGUGUGGGCGCCGUCCCCGAAGCUACUACCACACAGGCCCCGCGAGUGAUCAUGCGCGAACGCGAGACCGAGGUGAUCGGCACUACGGGAGUCGCCGGUCCGGGCCCCGACAUGAUGGCCGCCGACCAGGGCAUCCGAGUCACCGGCGUUGACCAGGACCGGGUCACCGGCACCGACGAAAAGAUGCGAGUCACCGACGCCGACGAGGCCGAGGACCAGAAGUCAGACGUGGUGACCCUGUCAGACUCGACCGAGUCGGUCAUUGAGGAGGAACCGGUGCGGGAGCGGCCCGAGAAGGUGCCCAAGCUGUCAGCAGGACUGGGAAUGCCCUCUCGCGCCGAGCCGUCCGCAUAUACCGUCGCAGUGCCUUAUUAGAAUAGGUUCUGGUUGAUUGCUCUUCCUUGUCUAUCUGCGGUAUGGGCCUGGCUUGUCUUUAGUCGGUGCUCUAAUAAGAUUGCUUCUGUCUGCCCCGAGCAUGCGUUCUGAUCCGCAGAGCAUCCUGGACAGAUCCAUGGGACAUUAUCCUGUACCGGCACCCCUACCCUCAGAACUCAGGAUUGCUUCAUUCAGCUUGACCCAUUAAUGAUGUAUAGUUAAUAUGAUUGUUGAUAGUUUUUGUAUAGUAUAUGAUUAUUUC